CGCGAGCAACUUAUAAAAGCGCGAGCGACGCGCCCGGGGCGCACAGAUCUGCAGCCCGCGCCAUGGCCACACGCACGCCUCGAGCCGCCUCCGCCGCCGCCGCCGCCUUCCUAGUGGCGCUCGCCGCAGCUGCAGCCGCCCCAGCACAGCUCCCCCCUGAACUGAAGACAUGCAAACAGACAGACCCUCAAUACAACGACUGCUUGAAAAAUGCAUUGCAGGGGGCAUUACCCUCGCUAUCUAAAGGCAUCCGAAGCCUAGAGGCACAGCCGGUUGACCCGCUCACAAUCACGUCGCUCUCCAUCUCUGAGGAGAAGGACAAACCAGUGGCCAUCAACCUUGACUUCAGCAACUUCCAGAUCACAGGCAUCUCCAGUGCCAUCAUCGACUCUUUCGAGAUGACGCCCGGCAGUUACGACAUGAAGAUCAAGGCACACACGACAGGACCGCUGACGCUCAUUGGAAAGUACAAGAUCGAUGGAAAAGUCCUCGUGCUGCCCAUUCAGGGAGAGGGCGACUGCAAACUCAUUAUUGACAACAUUGAUGCCCUCUUGGACCUGAAGGGCGCACCGCUGGAGAAAGACGGACACACGUACGCUGACAUCAAGGACUUCAAGUUCUCCUUCGAUACUAAGAAAAUGACCUUCGACUUCAACAACCUGUUCAACGGCGACAAGGCAUUAGGCGACAACAUGAACAAGUUCCUGAACGAGAACUGGGAGGAGAUCUUGAAGGAGCUGAAGCCAAGCAUUGAAGAGGCGUUCGGACUGGCAUUCAAGGAUAUUGCCAACAACGUGUUCCACAAGGUGCCCUACACCGAUGUCUUCCAAACCAAAUGAAGACAGCGUCUUCGUGUCACUCGUCAGAAUAGCGCACCACUGCUGCUCCAUCCACACAUCUGUCAAACCAGUGUACUUGUAGUAUACACCACAAAUAAAUAAAACUGUGUGUACUUAA